AUGGAAGAAGCAAAACUGGGGUGCGUGCCUGGAUCUGGGCUGGUGGUUUGGACGCGGACGAGUGAGGAGGCGGGCAGGAGCAGAUCCUUCGCGGUGUCGUCACUCCUUCCUGGACUUUGCUCCGGACUUUGUACACGACGCACGAGCAUGAGGCGACUCUACUACUGUACUGUACCUACUCGUAAGGUACUCGUGCAGCAGCAGCACCGUCCGUCUGCUUCCCGCACCGACCGACUCGACUCGACUCGUCUCCCGUAA